GUGCCAGCCCUGCAAGGAGCUCGGAGCAGCGGGUCAGCAUGGGCUCAGGGGGCAGCAGACUGGGAGCCCUCCUCUUCCUCCUGGCUGUUGGAGGGGCCCAAGUGCUGGCCACGGGCAAGUCUGCUGGGGCUGCCGUUGAUUUCAAGUACGCCCUCAUCGGGACUGCCUUGGGCGUGGCCAUCUCUGCCGGCUUCCUGGCCCUGAAGAUCUGCUUGAUCAGGAAGCAGCUGUUUGAUAACGACUCCUCGGACCUGAAAAGCACACCUGUGGGCCACCAUGAGACCAUUAUGCUGAAGAAGAGGGACCAAAGAGACGUGCGGGUGAUUGAGCUGUAAGCGAGUGGCCGCAUGAGGAGGGGCUCAGCCACCUGGACAAUGCCCGUGGUCACAGUCUCGCGACGUCUUGAAUUUGAUGGCUCAGGCUGGUGGACCUACAUGGACUCAUUUCGGGAGGUAAAUAAUGGAAGCAAUCUUGUACUUCUUCUGCAAGAAGCUGACUGCCCAAGAAGGAGGCAUGAACACUUUCGCCAGGAAUAGGAAAAGACGGAAGCCACAAAUCUAUACCACUCGGCCUGGUCCCCGGGCCGGAGCUGCCCAUCCUCCUGUGAUGACAUCGUGUCCCUGCCAGUGGGCUCCACCUGCAGCAAGUGCUCAUGGAAACGCAAACCAAGCCCAAGACACAGCUUCCUCAGCUCCACCCUCUUACUGACAGUUCCACAGCCCUUUCUAGAGCUGUUGGCUUCCCCUUCUUAGCUGCCAGGAGGGUCCCACAGGAAGAACAAAGCUGUGACAUGCAGAGGCCCUGAAACAGGGUGACCACGCAGCAGCGUCCAGUCCGUCAACGAAAACCGACCUUGUCAAGGGGAAAGUGGCAGGAGAGGAAGGGCCCUUGCCAGUCAGGGACUGGCCUGCAGCUCUUCACAUCAUGGAGCCCUAGUGGGUUAGAUGAGAAAGCAGAUGCCAGGCUUGCAGAGGGCUACCAGUGUGAGCCAGUACUCUGACCCUGCGCAGUUAUUCUGUGGCUGUCAUUACAGCGCGCAGGGCGUAUUCUUGGAAGGCAUGACCCACGUCACCCUGCACUGCCACCAGGCUAAGGCUCUGCGGUGCAGGUCCCAGAAACAGUUCUCUCCCCUGUGAUAGUAACUCUGCUUGCAAAGCUGCAUUAGAGAAUAUUAUUUGCCUUUCCAUUCAGCAAAAGUCCGGAUGGCUGUGUGGACUGGUUCUCCUUGGAUCGGGUUAUCCUCCUUGUGAGUGAUGAAAGAUGAGCUCGGUUUCAAAACGGAGUGCUGUGUUAUAAUAAUUUGCCUGGAUUCCCAGAGCGUCUUUUAUCUGACUUGAUAACAAUGUUGUUCAUUAACAGCCUUUGUUAACUGAUAACCUAAAGCGGUAAUGUGAUACUCAUAAGCAAUUUUCUGUGUGUAAGAUAGAAUAAACCAUCUUGUAAGGGAUCUGUU